UUAAGAGAAUGAUUGCAGCAUGCUGAUGACUUUUAAAUUUGCUUGCCUUACACAGAUGAUAGAAAAGCUUUCAACAAGAGGGCCUAACAUGGAAAUCAGAAUGAAAGCGCUGAGGCAGAUUGCUGCGGAAAUUGGUGUUACUUUGCAUUUUGAGCAGGAACCUAUAUUGACAAAUGUGAACAAAUGGCAAGGUGAAACGAAAACGAAACAAGGGAGCAGUGCUAAUGAUCCUAAGCAUAAGAAUGUAAUCGUGGAAGAGGGUUCAUAUGAUAGGAACAAGGAUAGAACCAAAGAAGCCUUGGAAGAAUUUCAUUCAAUUCAAAAUCCAAAUUCAAGAGAUAGCAUGAAAACAUCAUCAAGGAAAUCUAAGUUAAUUCCCAAUGAAAAGGUCAAGGGAGAUUCAAAUAAUGAAGACUCUGUUGAAGAAAGAACAAACCCUUCUUACCAAGAUAGACGGUGGAAACAACAUGGGCCUCAACCUGGUCCCAACGUAACUCCAAUAGCAACAACUCAUUUUCCAAAGCAGAGUCGAACGCAGCAUGAUCAUGUAGAUUGGAAGAUCAUGUCAGUUAGGACAAGAUGAACACAGAGGAACAAUUGUUCUAUUUAUUUUUGAAAAACAUUUGUUGUUUCAUUUGUAUAACAUUUGGAAUUAAGAUGCAAAAGUUUUUGGAUAUGGUCCUAUGAAUGAAUAGAGAGAACGAAAUUAGAACUAUACAUAUAUGAUAGUUAAAGGUCUUGUCACCCUAAAUGCACACACAAUAUACCAUCUACAGCAGGGUCGGUUUUCAUUUAGAAAUUUCCAAAUCAUAAUAGUUUGAACAAAGUUGAUUGAUUUUGGAAUUUCAAAUGAAAAUCCAACACACAUAAACACUUGGGUUCUUCUUCCAAUUUCAAAGAAUACCAUGCACUAGUAGUCUUCUAAUUAUGAACUUAACCUUCCAAAAUUCGUGUUGCUAAUUUUUAAAGUAUUUGAAUUUUUAAAUUAAAUGUAAAUUUUUUAAGAAAGAAUAUAAUUUUUAAAAGAUAAAAACUCAGUGAAAUCGAUUUAACUUAAUUUUUAUCAAAUCAUUCUCAGUCGUCGUAACUGCACCUGAAUUUCUACACUUUUAAAAAGUAGCCUUCUCCGUUCCCCUAUCCCUGUCGACGAUAUUUCCAAAAAAACCCUUGUGAGUUCUGAGAGCCUUCUCCGUUUCCACUCCGUCGCAAUUUCCAUGCUCACAUACCUCCACAUAAUGCGCCGAAUACCAAAGCUUCUAAAGCCCUACACAACCCUUCAACUUCCCCAGACCCAACAACAACCCCUCACAACUCACCAACUCAAAUCCCUCGUCCUCUCCCACUACUCCCAUGGCAAGUUCAAUAACAUUCUCCAAAACGUCGUCGCUUUACCCGCUGUACUCCUCACCGCCUGCCACAACCUUUCCGCCUCCGCUCGACUGCCCGGUUCGCGCCCUCUCCUGGACUCGGUCUCGGCCCGGUUCAGCGUCGAGUCAAUGUGCCGAGAGAUCCGGGAGAACCGGUUCGACGUGGCGGCCUCCUGCGUCAUUCUAACCGGAAACGGUUCGCCAUUAGGACCGUUGGUUCUCCCUAAUUUGAAGCUGAAGGUGUUGGUUGAGGCUGUUAGGAUGGUUCUUGAAGUAGUGUACGAUGAACGGUUUGUGACGUUUUGCUAUGGUGGACGCGUCGGAAUGGGAAGGCACACUGCUGUGAGGUACUUGAAAAACUCGGUUGAGAAUCCUUCUUGGUGGUUUAGGGUUAGGUUUAACCGUCAUAGAUUUGGGAAUGAACAUGUGGAGAGGCUGUGUUCUGUUAUUCAGCGGAAAUUGAACGAUGUCGUUUUGAUUGGAUUGAUAAAGAGGUUGUUUGAGUGUGAGGUUUUGGUGAUUGAGCUUGGUGGGAAUUCGAUUGGGAGAGGGUUCCCUCAGGAAUGUGGAUUGUGUUCUGUUUUGAUGAAUGUGUACUUUGAUGAGUUUGACAGAGAGAUUCAAGAGAUACGGCUUAGGGAGAAUCGAGAGAGUCGCGAAAUGGACCCGAAGCUGGUUGGUUCUAGCGAUGGUGGCGUGUAUUACAAGCCUGUGAAGGUUUAUGCUGUGAGGUAUUUGGAUGAGAUACUUCUUGUGACUUCUGGGAAGAGGAUGAUGGCAAUGGAGCUGAAGAAUAGUUUGUUGAGGAGUUUGGAAGUUGAUUUGUGUUUGGAUGUUGAUAAAGUGAACACGGCGAUACAUAGCGCGACGGAGGAGAAGAUUGAGUUUGUUGGGAUGGAGCUGCAGGCUGUUCCGCCGUCGGUGUUGCGCCGGCCUAUGACGGAGAAAGCAAUCAGGGCGAGGAAAAAGUACCUUAGGCAGAAGGAAGUUAGAGCCAUGGAAUUGAGAAAUGCCAGACAAAGGAACAGAAGGAUAUUGGGGUUGAAGAUAUUUAAGCAUGUUUAUAAGAAGACAAAGCAAAGUGAUGGGUUCAAAUUUGACUUUAGCAUUGAAAAUGAGGUCCGAGAAAUUUUUAAAUCUUGGGCUGAUGAAGUGGUGCAAGAGUUUCUGGAUAACAUAGAUGAGUGUCAAGAAUGGCAUCGAAAGCUAUCAGGUGGUGAUUUCCUUUCUUUAGCACACAUUAGGAAUCAGUUACCACCUGAGCUUAUUGAUGCUUAUGAUAAUUUCCAAGAGCAGGUGGAUAAAUAUUUAAAUCCGGUAAAAGCUAGGAAGGCAAUAGAGGAGGAAGCGGAAAGAAUGAGGAAAGAAGAGGAAGAAAGAUAUGCAAAGGGAACACUUGAAGAUUUGACUAGGCUUUGUAUGAAAGUUGAGGCGCCAAUAAUACUCAUAAGAAAGGCUGUGAAGUUGGUUGGUUUUACUAAUCAUAUGGGUCGUCCGAGGCCGAUUGAAUUCUUGUUUGCACUCGAGGAUACAGAUAUUAUCAAGUGGUAUGCUGGCAUUGCCAGAAGGUGGUUGGAUUUCUAUUGUUGUUGCCACAACUUCAAGGCAGUCAAAACUAUUGUGAGCUAUCAUUUGAGGUUCUCUUGUAUCUUGACAUUAGCAGAGAAGCACGAAUCGACUAAGCACGAAGCGAUAAAGAAUUUUAGCAAAGAUUUAAAAGUCUAUGACUUGGAUGGAAAUGAUGAAGUGUAUUUUCCAACUGAAAAAGAGGUUAAAAUGAUGGGAGACAGAAAUCUCUCCGAUCCAAAGCCUGUAGAUGGGGCUUUAUCUUUGGCUGUAAUAAGAUUGGCAUCGGAUGAGCCUCCAACGCCUUGUAUUGCCCACUUUUGUGACAACACAACUAGAGUCUUCUAUAGGGUUCGGUUGCUGCAAAAAUGUUUGAAUAUAAAUCCACUAGAUAAAGAGAAAUGGGUGCAAGGGAUGGGUACAAUUCAUGAAAGCCUAGACCAAAAGUGUCUUCCACUAUGUGCUGAUCAUAUACAUGAUUUGUACAUGGGGAGAAUCAAUCUUCAAGACAUUGACUGUGCCUCGUUUGCAGAUGUGGAUUGAUUGAUGCUCGUCUCAUUUUUACCUUGAUUAGGGAAUUGAUUACUUUUAAAAAUGAGCAAUUUAAUGGGAUAGAACCAAAGCCUUGGAAGAAUUUCAUUCAAUUCAAAAUCCAAAUUCAAGAGAUAACAUCAAGACCAUCAUCAAGGAACUCUAGUUAAUUCCCAAUGAAAAGGUCAAGGGAGAUUCAAAUAAUUAAGACUCUGUUGAAGAAAGACCAAACCCUUACCAAGAUAGCCGGUGGAAACAACAUGGGCCUCAACCUGAUCCCAACCUAUGUUCCAAAGCAGAGUCAAUCGCAGCAUAAUCAUGUAGAUUGGAAGAUCAUGUCAGUUAGGACAAGAUGAGCACAGAGAUGAACAAUUCUUUUAUUUAUUUUUAAAAAACAUUUGUUGUUUCAUUUGUAUAACAUUUGGAAUUAAGAUGCAACAGUUUUUGGAUAUGGUCCUAUGAAUGAAUAGAGAGAACGAAAUUAGAACUAUAUAUAUAUAUAUAUAUAUGAUAGUUAAAGGUCUUGGCAGAGUUACAACAUCCUAAACCGAAAUUAGCACCCUAAAUACACACAAAAUAUACCAUCUAGUCAUCUACAAUGGUUUGAACAAAGUUGAUUGAUUUUGGAAUUUCAAAUGAAAACCCAACACACAU